AUGUUCGAAGAAGUACCUGUGCAUGUGACAAACUUUAUCAAUGAUUUGCAUGUGCUCAUGACAUUAUUUGUGAUAGUUGUUCUCUUGGCAAGCUAUGUAUCUGCUGUCCGGUUGGACAAACGUGCAAUCGAUCGAGGAUUCAAUUUGAACGAAUCGCCACCAAUAUCACCAUCACAGACUCCAUCUCCUCAACCUGAGAAUCGACAUAGUCCACCAAUUUCGACGAAAUUAUCUUUAGUCCUGAAUAAGCAAGAAAGAAAACGAGCAUCAGAUCGUAAAUAUGCAGCUAAAUGGACAGUCAAAGCAAUGGAAAAAGCCAAAGCUACGAUGAAUAAAAAGGAUCAUGAGAAAUUGGUCGAAAAGCUAAUUAAACGUAGAGCAAGGAUGAAUCGGCAAAAUAGAAAGGUUGAAAAAGCACGAAAAGAUCGUAUAGCAGCGGGAACACAAACGCAAAAAGAUGAACAACAAAUGAAAAGAAUACGAGAAAAAUUUAAAAAUCGUUAUAUCAGAAAGAAAACAAAACAAACAAUCAUACAAGCAGAAAAGAAAGUGGAAAAUGCAAAUUCAGCCGCUCUGGCUCAGAUUGGUGCUUCUUUUCAACCGCAUUGGAUGUCCAGACAGAAUACACACACUUUUACAGAUACAAAAGGUGGUGGUCAAAUGGCGAAUUCGAGCCGUUUCGCUGUACUUUUUGCAUUUUUAAUUCUGUACGAGCUUUUGUUCGACCUUUCGACUGCUAGUCCUGUCUCAAAUCUUAACACAAACAGUGGCUUUUAUAAGCGAACAUCUGGACAAGAAAAAGACAAAGAACUUGAACAAGCAAAAUCAGAAGGAUUAUCAAGUCCGAUCUCCUCAAAAUCUUUAAGUUUUCAACCUGAUACGGCAACAGACGAGAAAAGGAAAUACGAUCAACUUUUACGAACUCGUGAUAAACGUUUCAAAUACACGCAAGAAGGUUUGAAGAUUGCAGAGAGUAGUCUUGAUCCAAAUGCAUAUGCGAAGUUAAAAGCAAAAGCAGAAUUAUUUCAUGCAAAAAACAAGCAAUAUCAAAAAAAUCGAAGGGAAAAACGAAGAGAUCGAUUCGCAAUAGGAAUGCAAUCAGAACAAGACGAACGUUGGAGAAUGUUGCGAUCGGAAGGUGCCCAGCGAGUUCGUGCGAAGAAAAAGAUCAAGAGACAAAUGGAAGAGACAGAAAAAGGAAUUAAAGAUGCCAAUUCAGCCGUUUUAGCGCAAUUACUCCCAUCCAAAUCGAUCACUGAUCGACUUUCAAAACAGUCUAAACAUCCUUGA